UGCAUGCUGUUUUGUUUUUUCUUCAAUGUCACGAUUUCGUAACUAGAAAUCUACUGCAAAAAUGGGGAAAACACUGUCAACGAUCGGAAAGCGUGCUAACCAAAGGUUCAAUUUUGAAAAUAGAGCUCAGAGAGCUAUCGAAAAACAGAAAACGAUCCCUAAAGCCGCACCCAGACACCCAUCAACAGUGGAGCAAUUGAAAACCAUUGAACAACGAUCAGAAAUAAAAGAAGAAAUUGACAGAAGGAAUGAAUCUUUGCUGGACAAGCUUAAGCAGGUCCGGAUUGAAUCUCAUGGACCGCCUCCUGAGAUUAAGUCUGCACGCCACCUCCCAAAGAAUAGAAUAUAUGCCGGGGAGACAGAGUUGGGUUUUGAGGAGCCAAAUGUCAUACCGCCUGGAAAACUAACUGUACGGACAUUGAUGGAUGUUCUUGGAAAAGCUAUGGUGGAACCAAAAACUUACACUGCGAGAGAAAUUGCUGCUGAACAUUCGCUCGAUAGGCAAAAGGUUGAAAACAUGUUGAAAUAUUUUGCCGCAUUUAGUUUACAUAUUCCCAAGGCUGGAGAGGUACCUGUAGCAGGAAAACUUCGAAGCAGCGAAAAGGGGAGCGAAACUGUCGAGCUUGAGGACAGAACAACUAUGCUGGAAGAAGGGAAAAAGGAAUCUGGUUUUAAGAUUAAUAUCUUAACAAAGAAACCAGAGGACUAAUCAGUGACUAAGACAUUAACUUGUGUGCUAUUGUAUUGGGACAUAGACAUUGUUUGGCCAAUCAGAUGCUGACACUUGUACAUUUUGAAGUUGAAAUUUCAUUUUCUUAAAGGAACAGCGUUUCCUGACAGGGUUGCGUUGCAAGACUCGGCAAUUAUUGUUGAUCAUCAGAUAUCUGGUCGGGAAAGACACCUUGAUUUCCAAGUUCACUGCUUAUAAACAAUGUGUAUAAAAAUUCAACUGUAAAUGCACUCUAAAUAGGAGUAAGAGUAUAAAACCUGACAAAUUGCAAAAUUGACGCAAAUGAUCUCAAUCAUAGUUUAAAUCCAGUUGAAGUA